AUGAAACAGGCAACAGACGUAUCGAAAGAUGCAUACAUGGGGAUGUUAAAUGAACCAGAUGUGCAUCGUACUUGUUAUCGACACCAGCUGUCGAGUUCGAAUUGGCUGAAUAGUGUUCAACAAAAUGAUAGUGCCAGUGGGGUGAGUCAGAAGCGGAAUCAAUCAAAUACACAAUUCACUAAACCUGACCGUUAUUCCUCCAUCCCCAUCGACAUCAUCAUCAAUCUUUCACCACGAUCCUUCGACAACCGGCAGAAAAACAAGCCAGUACCAACGGCGCUGGAUGAGUCACACCCCAAUGAUGACGUACGUGGGGAGAAGAACAAACUGAUGGAGGUGUACACAUGUUCGCUGGAUGCUGUGUGUACACAAUCUUGCAGUGGGCAAAGUCACGCGGUCUAA